AGCCCAACAGCAUAAUUUCAGUAGCAGUCGUGAUGACAUUAGCAACUCUCUUCACACAAGCCGUUUGCAGUCUACAAUUUGAAACAACACAAGACAGAGUUCCGGCAAAAAGACUGUUCUGGGUAGACAAGAAGGACCAUCCAGUAGACACUGACUUUUUCACAGUGAGGGCCAACGACGCCGAGGAGGUUCUAGAUUGCUUCGUCGAAGUGUGCAUAGCAGAUUUCGUCAACUGCGCAAAGAAGUGCUUGUUCUACGAAAACGGAAAUACCUGCCUGCCAACAUGUCGUCAUACAAGAUCUAUCUGUAGUGUUCAGUGCUUCAAGAGAUACGACGUGGAUGUCAGUGAUAGCGUGCAUUGAGAAGAAAAAAUGAAAAUAAAUCAGCCCUUAAGAAAAAUGAAAAUUAAAAUCGCAAACUGACCCCUUUUUGGAAUGAAAGAAAAUACAUUUAGUUUAUGCUAUUAAAGGCUAACGCCUCAUCUGCAUCAAGAACAUAGGCUUUUGUUUUCUUCACAAACUUAUCAAUGCUAUCUCGGAACGUCACUUGUUGUGUACUUUAAUUUUAUGAAUAAAAAAAUAUCAACAACGAUUUUGUAUUGCAAUUAUUAUAUUACACAUUCUUAAGACCUUAAAAAGGCAACUCUUCAGUGACGCCUAUGUAUGCCAUAUCUGCGGAGCACAGUUAUUUUAUUUUCGUAUUUUGCAAUACGAUGUAAAGAAAAUGCAAGAAGUAAAACAAAAUAUAUAUAUAAUGAUUAUGGAAUGGCGUGUAUUUGUAACUUGUCUCGCACCUCAUUAUAAAUUAAGGCACCUUUGAAUGUUGAACCUCUUAUCUGUUUACAUAUGGUCGAUGUGAUUGGUGACAGUUUGACGUUUCAAAGAGCGUGAAAGAAAGCAACUUCGAUCUCAAGAAUUCGAAGGUUCUCCGUCCAAAUCGGUACUUCAUGCCACUUUGUGACAUAAUGGUAUAGCUAUGGAUAUCUCUCUUUUAUUUAAUGUUGCCUCAAAAAAAAAAGAUGAAAGGAAAAACAGAAGAAUAAAUCAUACAAACUGCUUGUAUGGAAAAAAAAUUGAUUAGUAGUAGAUACUUGCUUUGUACCUUGCCCCCGUCUAAAUACUAAAUACAAAAUAAUUUUAAUACAUCCUAAAUUACGUACGGUGCAAUUGAAUCAUGCAAUGUCUUUUGGCAAUAUUGAAAGCUUUUAUCCAACUUAAUAGCAACGUCAUUCUAACUUCUUUGAGUUGUUGGUAGGCAAAUGUGUAAAUAUCUGAUCCAAAUAAUUUUACAAUGAGAUAUAUAAACUAUAGUAGAAUUAGAUUUUUAUCAUUUAAGCAGUAGUGAUUGUUCGAUUAGAUUGGGAGGCUCCCGAAGACUGUACUUUCUCAUAUGGUCUUCAUGUGUCUCGUUCCACUCCACUUCAUAAAAAGCUGUACGGCAGUUUGGAUAAUAAUGCAUACUGUUGAAGGAACGCCUCUGUUUGUGGAGAAAAAAUAUCCUACUUACAAAGUCAAUAUUUUGGAAGUGACUGAUAUUCUGAUUUUCGAACAAUCAUGCCCGGGGAAACACUCACAAAGUAAUCUAAUUAGCUUCAUUUUCAAAAUGUAAACUCGUUCGGAAAGUUGAUAUUGACGAUAUUACGUCCCUGUAUGUGGAAAAAGAUAAUUUGUACACUGCUUUCAUAUUAUUUCAACCAAGAAAACGAAUCCAAACUUUAUAGCAUGCUAUUUGAAGAAUAAAAACACAAAAAUGUCCAUAAAUAAGUUUGAAUUAUUUAUGUACAGUUGUUUUUAUAAUCAAUUUAAAUUGGAAACAUCACGUUCCUGUAUGAGAGAAAUAACAAUUCUCGUUAUUUCGUGAAAAUAUUAGAAACAAUUCAAAGAUUUUUUGUGGAAAUGGUUGACGUUUGAGAAAAAGAGAAGUUUAUUACAUGACAGUUGGGCCUCUGCUAAUAGAGAAAAUCCGUUUAUAAGAGAAAGUUGUUAAUCUGGUUUCAUGUAAAUACAAAACGAACAAACAAAACAAACGAAGUAACCGAGAAAUCAACUUCCUCUUUAUUUGGUGGAAACUUAGGCAUGAUAAGGAAACUUAUACUAUACUACAAAACUGAUGAAUAAAUACAAGUGUUCGAUGAUCUCGUUACAAACUAUCGUUAUAAUGAACAUAACAGUUUAGGUUAAAUAUUAUCGUAAAGGAAACGUCUCUGCCUGUUUACAGAAAUUGAUAUACUUUCAUUUUGUAGAUAUUUUUGUUCAGAGGACGGGUGGGUUAAUGCAACAGUAUAUUUACAUAGUACUGAGCAAUGAUGAAAUACUACGGAACAAAGUUAUUAACUCUUUCCCGAAUCAUAACCAAUUUUGGGGAUGUGGUAAUGAUUAUUAUACUUGCCAUGAUUUAUUAAAAAAAGAGGUAUAACGGCAUCUAACGAAUGAAAAUCAUUCCUUGUAUAUGAGGCAAUGUUGUUCUUUUUAACAUUCCCUUUCAGAGAAAAAUUAAAAAUCUAAUAAGGGAAAUGUGUUGUAUACGUACGGCUUUCACAAACUUAAUAGGAAUACAUUUUGAGAGUUUUCCAUCUACUUUUGGGUAAAUAUGUACAUUACUUUGGAAAUUGUUUUUGCAGAUUAUAAUAGUUGAUUAAAGAUUGAAGUUUACUUG